ACCACACGUGAUGUUAGCCCCGCGAAAUACAACUCGCGCGCUUUGCAAAUUCUAAAACCACUCUUGCAGUCUGCUGGGUCGAGGUGGCUGUGUCGUUGUUCCGCUUCCUUUAAUCUGUCUAAAUCUCCCCAUUCAUUUGCCAUCCUUCCUCCAUAAUCACCCAAAGUAGUCUUUGAAGUACCCAUUAUCCAACCACCUGUUUUUUGUUUCGAGAAUUGUGGCCCAGACGGGAGUAAUUCAAGCCAAAUAUUCGACCCCGUUCGGUAGAGAGCGUCAACCAAAGCCAACACUACUAUUGUUGACGUUAACCAUCGUACAGACGCAAUACAGUCUUAAUACAUGUACAGUAUGCCGAGGGGUGCAGCUCAACAACGGCCGGCCAGCAACAUCACGACCCAGCAUUACAAGCCAAGAAUUCUUAUCACCAGCUCAACGAGCCAGCAGCACCAGCAGCAGGAUUUCUCCACCCUUCCCUGUCCAAGUUUUGACUCCGAGAUUCCCAGCAAUUCGUAUCUUGACGAGGUGGUUCCGAAUUGGGCGGAGGGAUUUGAGGAUUUGUUGGACGUGGUGGACUGCACACCGGAUCUUGCAACCAAAGGAACGCGUCCUAGUCUCGGCAGACCAUUGGCAAAAAGAAAACUUGACUUAGAAUUGCCUUCUAGUACUAACGCCAGUCCUGAAUUUGUAACUUCCUUCAAAACGCCCAGCCCAAGAGUCACAAAGAAGCGUGUGUUAAAACCUAGCCCUAAAAGCAUGCCUAGAGCUGCCAAGUCACCACUUGAGAAAUCCCGUUACGACACAUCACUAGGCCUUCUAACAAAGCGAUUUGUUGGGCUACUGCGAGGUGCUCAUGACGGUGUACUAGACCUCAACCAAGCAGCUGAAGUCCUCAAAGUUCAGAAACGUCGCAUCUAUGACAUCACAAACGUCCUGGAAGGAAUCAAGUUGAUCACCAAGAAGUCGAAAAACAAUAUCCAGUGGAAAGGUACAACCAACUCUGUAGCUGCCCAACAACAUUCUUUCCCUCAUCUAGACCAGACAACACCCAUCACAGCAGCAUCCGUCAAUCUACAUUCAGAUCUUGCUGACCUAGAUGUGCGAGAACGGAAAUUAGAUGAUCUCAUUCACAAUGCAACUGUACAGCUCAAGAUGCUAACUGAAGAUCCGGGAAAUGCAAGAUUCGCUUAUGUAACCUACCAUGAUAUCCGAAGUAUUGAGAGCUUUGAGGACCAAACAGUGAUAGCAAUUAAGGCACCGCCAGAGACCAGACUAGAAGUACCUGACCCGAAGGAGGUAAGUCAUCAUGAAAACACCAAAUCCUGUUGUACUAAAAUACACCACUUAUAUCAUAUUUUCAGAGGAAGUAGACUUGUGCCUGGUGGCCUUUGGGUAGGUUGUUUGCGUAUGGGUCAUUCCAGAAAUUAGAGGUCCAAAAGUGUGACAUUUC